GCCACCCGUGAGCAAAUCGUUCGCUCGAUCUCGCUCUGUCGAUCGGGUACGGCAGUGGAAGCCAUUUUAUUCUUGUGAAUGUGACAAAAUAUUUUUCGGAUUAUAACGGAUUAGUUGAAUCGUGUCAAUGUGUGUCCAUAAUAAGUGUCUUUUGUGACGUGCAUACGUGCUUUAAAAGUUGAUAAUGUACGUGUUCAAAAUCGGUUUGUGUUGACCUGCCCGUUUCUUAGACGGACUUCAGGCAGGCAUCGAUUAGUGCAGAAGGCAGCCUAUAUAACGGCGAAUAGAGGCACUGGUUUAGUUUGUGGUGUGCGCCAUGGGCAAUAAUGCUGCCACCGCCAACAAAAAGGUGGAUGCCGCCGAAAGCGUCAAGGAAUUCCUUGACCAGGCUAAGGAAGAUUUUGAGGAGAAAUGGAAAAAGAAUCCUACCAACACCGCCGGACUGAAUGACUUCGAACGAAUAAAAACGCUCGGUACCGGUUCGUUUGGGCGUGUUAUGAUAGUACAACAUAAACCGACAAAAGAAUAUUAUGCUAUGAAAAUAUUAGAUAAGCAGAAAGUUGUUAAAUUGAAGCAAGUCGAACAUACAUUAAAUGAGAAACGUAUCUUACAAGCUAUUAAUUUCCCGUUCCUUGUAAGCCUUAAGUUUCAUUUCAAGGACAAUUCCAACCUGUAUAUGGUCUUGGAAUAUGUUCCUGGAGGUGAGAUGUUCUCACACCUUCGCAAGGUUGGCCGAUUUUCAGAGCCUCACUCACGAUUCUACGCCGCUCAGAUAGUCCUCGCAUUUGAAUAUCUUCACUACUUGGACCUCAUUUAUCGGGAUCUUAAACCUGAAAAUCUUCUGAUUGACUCGCAAGGAUACCUCAAAGUGACGGAUUUCGGUUUUGCGAAGCGAGUUAAGGGCCGUACGUGGACGCUUUGCGGUACCCCUGAGUAUCUCGCACCCGAAAUUAUCCUUUCGAAAGGAUACAACAAGGCCGUAGACUGGUGGGCGCUGGGCGUCCUUGUUUACGAGAUGGCGGCUGGAUAUCCUCCCUUUUUUGCCGAUCAACCGAUACAAAUCUACGAAAAAAUCGUGUCAGGUAAGGUACGCUUUCCAUCGCACUUUGGCUCCGAUCUGAAAGAUCUUUUGCGUAACCUCCUGCAGGUUGAUUUGACGAAACGUUAUGGUAACCUAAAAGCUGGAGUAAAUGACAUUAAAGGACAUAAGUGGUUCGCUAGUACUGAUUGGAUAGCUGUCUUCCAAAAGAAGAUUGAAGCACCAUUCAUCCCCCGCUGCAAAGGUCCCGGCGACACAAGCAACUUUGAUGACUAUGAGGAGGAGGCAUUGCGUAUCUCAUCAACAGAGAAGUGUGCGAAGGAGUUUGCUGAGUUCUGAGCACAUAGCUGGAGCCUGCAUGCGGACACCCCCGUGAGUAGGUGUUUUGUAUUAGUGAAUUUUCCACAACAUUGUGGUCGUGGGAAGGUAAUGAGUGCAUCUCUUGUGGGUAGCUUUGGGUGUACAUAGACAUUGAAGCUCCCCAAGCUGGCACCACAGGUGUAUCAAAUUUGAAAAAUAGGUCAAAUUAAAGUAGAAUUGAUCCAGAUAUUUUUUUGGCAUUCAUUUUCUUAGUGCCCAUUUAAUUUGAAAUAUGAACAGACAAAGCGUGUAGCUCCCUGGUGAUAUUCUCUGAGAAAUAUACUGCUGAUAGUGUAGUCGAGUGUAAACAGACCUUCAUUGUCAGUAAUAAGUGUUUUUUGGUAAGUAGUUUGCCUUUGGUAGCAUUGGAAUGUGGUAAGCUUGAUUCUUUUUUAAAUUGUUUUUAUGAAUUCAUACAAAUUGUAUAUUUAUCAGAUUUUCUUCUGGCUUAUUUAGACUUAUAGGUCUUCACUAUUAUACUUCUCAAUUUUAAAUAAUAUUGAAAUGCAUCACUUUAUCGUGUUUAGAUUCAGUCAUUAAUUAAGUCAGCUAUUGAAAUAUAUCCUAAUAUGCAGACAUAAAAUGCUAGACAUGUACUAAAUAUUCAUGUUGCUUUUUUCACUUUUUUUCUUUUAUGAGUUAAUAGCUCAAAGUAAGAAAAGCACACAGUGAUGAAAAAAUAUCUUUAUAUAACCUUGCUAUGAAUAUUAUAAAUUUAUUAGAUCAAUGUUAUUUUGUGAAAGUUUUAAUUUUUGACAUUUUGUUAUUGGUUUUAUCUUAAUAUAAUAUUGUUAAAUCAGUUGAUAUUUUAAUUAAGGAAUUUACUACUACAUCAAAAUAUUAAAGAGAUUAAUUUAUUGUACUUUUUUGUAGUUGUGUUCAUUUGUGCAAUUUAACCUGUGUUUGUGAUCUGAUGAAAGGAUUUGUUUGAGUAUAAGUGUAACUACAUAGUUCCUUAUUUUGUAGAUGUUUAUCAUAAUGGUGAUUGUCAUGCACACUGGAAGCCAGUUAUGAUGAUGUUACUUAAUCUGUAUAUUGCUAGCAUCAGUUGUUGAAAAGCAAUAAAUUUCGUACUGUUGAUAAUACAGUUUAGAGAAACUAUUUCCCUUGUAGAAAAAUUCUUAUACAUUAAUCAUUAAAACGAAAAAAAAUCAAUACCAUUUGUAGACUGAUGUUUUCAAUAGAUUGAUUUUUGAGGAGGGAAAAGUCACAAUUCCUAUGUGCAGAUUUCACCAAUCAUCGUGGAGUUUAUGAUAAAGUUUGUUAGCUAUUAGAAUGUAGGACUUUGAAUCCAGGCUGUACAAAUAAUUAUCUACCUAGUUAUUUGUAGAGAAUAUUAACACAUUGUGAAAACAUUGUUCACAUUUGUGUUAUAGUCAUUAGGUUAAAUAUCCUGGGAUGGUUACUUAACCAAUAUUGCUUGUUACAGCUGGAUAAUGGAAAAAAAUAUUUAUAAUUGGAUUAAUUUAAAUUUUAUACAUUGUAUUUUUUAAAGAAUCUAUGUAAUAUGUAUGAAGUUUUGUCAAUGAAUUUAAUGCAUCAUUAAAUAAAACAAGGGCUGAUUUAUUUUAAGUAGAUUUGAUCAUCAGAAGUUCUAAAAGAUUAUAAUUAAUAAUUGUGCUUGUUUAUUAAAAUUAAAUAAAUUAGCCCUUAAUGCAAUGAAUUUUGCCUUUGGUUGCACUAAGUGUGACACACAUAGUCUAUGAACUUAUCAAAAGCUGCACUUAGAUUGAUUACAUUUUUUUAAAUAUAUUAAUAUCCAUUAUGACUAUGACGUAUGGAUGAUGCUAAAUCAUAUCAACUCGUUAUCAUUAAAUAUUCUGAAUUUAUAAUAUAUAGUGUUUGUCCAUCACCUUAUAGUUCUAGUGGGAUAAAUUGCUUUUUACAAACUUAAAUUAUUGCCACCACAUAAUUAAAAGUUACAUAAGUGUACUAAUUUAUUGAACAACAAAUAAUAUUGAAAACAAUGUCUUAUCUGGUGAAGCGCCUGGGUUAUAAAUAUAUAUAUUGUGUAUUAAAGACAUUAAGUUCUAUGAAUAAAGUAGUUCUAUUUGGUGCCAUAAAAUUGCUUUUAAACGUUUUCUCAUGUAAAUAAUAAAUAAUUUAUAUUUCUUAUCUACUUAUAAUGUAUGUUUUCAUUAACUAAUACACCAUACUAUUGCCUGACUAAAAAAUGGCAUGUAUAUUAUAAGCAGUUGUUUUGUUACAGUAUUAAGCUAUGCACCAUCUAUUAAGUGAUAAAUAGACUCGAAUUAGUUGUAAGACAAAAAAUCUUCACUGUUUCAUAAUUAUAACCUAAUUGUAAUAUUGUCAAGAAUUCAGAAAGCAAAACUAUUACAAAAAUAGACAUUGUAUUCAUAACACUGGAUGAAAAUCUUUUCCCUGAAUAUCUUCAAAAUAUUGUACUGCAAACUCUUAAUAAUCUAAGAUUUCUUUUGUUCUUCAUGGAACUUUAGUAUCAAUUGUCUUUGUAUGAAAUUAUUAGCUUUUUAUGCAACAAGUUAUUCACCAUUUGGACAUUGUUUGUCAAGGUGUUUCUACUUAAUUUCUAAGAUCAUGUUAAAAUUUCGCAUUAUUGUUAAUUUAAGUGGCAAGUGAUUUUUUGAUCGCAUUAUAAAUUAUUAAUGAAUUAUGAUGUGUACCUUUCAUAAUUAUCAUUGUAUAUAACUAGAGUGAUUGUGUCCCCAAUAAAUAUUUAGAAGUUUUUAACAUCUGCUUGAAUAUCUGCAGAUUUUCAUUCCAUAAGCUUCAGAGUGCUCGCCGUCAUUGUCUCAGUAAAUAUUCUAAUGUGAACAUUUUAAGGUCACUUUGGAUAUUAUAAGCAUUAGUGUGACAUUUUGAGUAUUUGCGAGCAGUCUUUUUAUAUCUGUGCGUAUAAUUAAUAUUAAAAUGUUCACGUUUAGAUCUAUUAUAUCGAGUGCCUAUAGCAUUGAGGAGUUCAAGUGUAAAAAGUCAGUUUCAGUAAUUAUUUGUCAUGUAUUGAUCUUCCAUAAAAUUACGAUGAAAUAAAAAAUAUCGAUGUAACAGUAAAAA